AUGAUCUCCUCCCCCGAGGAAGUGCGCUAGAUUGUCCCUGCUCCUUGUUGCCUUUGCAGGGGCUGAGGUUUUGAGAAUGAGCGGGGACAAGAAUCCGGCCAGCAAGCCCACGCCAGUGCAGGACGUGCAGGGCGACGGGCGCUGGAUGUCUCUGCACCAACGUUUCGUGGCAGACAGCAAAGACAAGGAAGCAGAAGUCGUCUUCAUUGGGGACUCCUUGGUCCAGCUAAUGCACCAGUGUGAGAUCUGGCGGGAGCUCUUCUCUCCUCUGCACGCACUUAACUUUGGCAUUGGUGGAGAUAGCACACAGCAUGUACUCUGGCGGCUGGAGAAUGGGGAGCUGGAACACAUCCGGCCCAAGGGCCUGCUUCCGAGGGGCCAGCACCCCAACCCACUUCGGGAGAAAAACCGACAGGUAAACGAGCUGGUGCGAGCAGCAUUAGCAGGCCACCCCCGAGCCCACUUCUUAGAUGCAGACCCCGGCUUUGUACAUUCUGACGGCACCAUAAGCCACCAUGACAUGUAUGAUUACCUACAUCUGAGCCACUUGGGGUACACACCUGUUUGCCGGGCUCUGCACUCCUUGCUUCUUCGUCUCCUGGCCCAAGACCAGGGUCAAGGCAUCCCUCUGCCAGAGACCACACCCUAA